GCUGGAGAUGCAGGUCGUUUGAGGAAUUCUUUGAAGCGUUUGCGUAUCUCUUGCAUGUAGAAAUGCCAAUGAGGCAACUCUUAUCGUUGCCAAGCAUGCUUUUCUUUUUUAUCAGGUAGUUGCCAAGAAUGCUUGGUCUGUUGUGGAUUCUGAAGCUGGAUUGAACGAAGCCCAUGUUUCUGCGUGAUAAAUUCAUCGUUUUUAUCCCCAAACAAUUGAUAUUCACAUUAGUUAAUGAAUUAUGGGUCAGCCAUGGCAAUUGAUUAUUCGAAGGUGCUAUGUUGUGACAUAAACACUCAUUUACAGCAAGUACGUUCUUGCCUCUACUAAUAUAAAUGUGUUGAAAAUGGAAAACUUAAAGCAUCAAUGCGAAUUUGAACGCAAUGGAGUUAUGGCUCAUCAAAAUUUUCAUAAGCUGGAUCCAGAAGUUCUUCUCCCCAAACUUCCAUUUGAGAGCUCUCUCAUAUCACUAGACAUUGGAGGAACUCUUAUCAAAGUAGUGUAUCUUUCAAGGCACAACAAGAGAUGUACAAAAGGGCAGAAUGACAUCCUUUCAGAUGGGGAUACCAUAGAGUGUCACAGUCUUGGCGGGCUCCUACAUGUUACCAUGUUUGAGACAAAACAUUUGAAUCAAUGGAUUGAGUUUCUUCAGACUGAAAAACUGUUUAAAGGUGCAAGUUUGGAUCCUCCACCAUUAACGGGCUAUCUUAAAAAUAUAACGAUUAAGCAGGGUCCAGGGAGGGUGGAUGGGAAGCAGCCCGACUCCCUUUGCUGGAAGGCCACUGGAGGUGGGGCAUACAAGUAUGCAGAUAUUUUCAGAGACAAGCUAGGCAUUACACUUGACAAGGUUGAUGAAAUAGCUAGUGUUGUAGCUGGCGCAAAUUAUUUGCUACAGGAAAUUGAUCAUGAAGCUUUUACACAUGUAUGUGGGAAGAAGACAUUUUUAGAAAUUGACUCAAAUACUUUAUUCCCUUACCUUCUUGUCAACAUUGGUUCUGGUGUUAGCAUAAUUAAGAUUAUCGGAAACAGAAAAUUUGAACGAAUAACUGGUACCCACUUUGGGGGCGGCACUAUCUUAGGCCUUGCCAGUUAUGAUGACUUCUUGGAAUUGAGUCAGCAUGGGGAUAACUUUGCUCUGGACUUGACAGUUGGAGAUAUCUAUGGAGAUGUGGGUUAUCCAGAGCAUAAUCUUUCACCCUCUGCCAUUGCUUCUAGCUUUGGGAAGGUCAACGGCAGUAGAAAACUUUCAGAAUACAAAGUUGAGGAUCUUGCAGCCACUCUUUUAAGAGAUUUUACAUACCAUAUAGCACAGAUCUCCUACCUUGUAGCUGCCCUCUUGGGGCUUAAGAAGAUCUAUUUUGGAGGUUCAUACAUACGCAGGAAUGGCUUCACAAUGGAUAAUAUUUCAUAUGGGCUUAAUUACUGGUCCAAAGGUCAAAUGCAAGCUGUAUUUUUACAACAUGAAGGUUUCUUAGGAGCUGUAGGUGCACUACUAAAAUACAAGAGGAUCGAUGCUGAUGUGUUGCUGCCACAUGUGUCUACCACAGAGCUUUCUUGUGCUUCUGGCACUGAAUACGAUAGUAGAGAAUUAUACGAAGGUGAAGAUAGUCUCAGCAGAGAGGUGCAGACACUAAGAGCUGAGAUAGAUAUUUUACAAAAGGAGAAGGCAAUACUGAUUGAACAGUUGCAAGCAAAAAAUUCAAGCAAUGGGUGAAAGUUAUGGAGGUGAACAUGUGAAUGUGUUCCUUUCCUGGCAGUUUGAAAGCUGCAAGCAAUCAUUCCACAACCAAGCAGAUAGAAGUAUGCCUUGCAAGUUUACUUUUUGCUAGUACUAGCAUGAGGAUUUGAUUACUGUUGGACUUCGAGAAUUCUCAUUUAUUUAUUUUUUUUGCUACACAAAGUUCUCCAAGGUGUGAAAUUAAUUGGUUGUACCAGUAUAGUGCUCACCCCAUAUUGUUUCCACAAAAAUUUGUAAAAAGUAUAGUUUUAUCUCUGUAAAUAAAAACAUUGUUAAUUUUUCUACUUCUAUUAUGAUAAAUAUAGGGGCAUAUCACUUUGAGGAA